GUCCGGGAGGAGGCGAACAGAUACUGCGAUGGCAUCAAGGCUCGUCCGGACUGCUGGAUCCUGUGCUGGGAACGGUUUGCGCAGACCGAAGUAUUGGAGGUGAAGUUCUGGUGCCUCCAAGUCAUCCUGCAUGUGCUCUCGUCGCUGCCGCCGGCGGCCAGAGUAGAGCUUCGAGGCAAAGUGCUUUCUUGGCUGAGGGAGGUGGCAGGGAAGAAGCAGGAGGAGGUGGUGGUCAAGAACAAAGUUGCACUUGUGUAUGCAGGCCUCAUCAAGUUCGAUUACCCUGCACAGUGGCCGUCUGCUUGGCAGGACUUGAUUGGUCUUAUGGACUUAGGGCUUCCGCUCGUAGACUUCUUCUUGCGUGUGCUAGCCAUCUUUGACCAGGAGGUUGUCAACGACGAAGUCGCCCGAAGCAAUGAGGACCGGCAGCGCAGCCAUCAGAUCAAGCACGCGAUGCGUGAGCGCGACGUCGUUUCGCUGGUCGAGUGCUGGUAUCGGAUCCUGACCACUUUGAAGAGUGGUGCACCGAGCAUGGUGAGAGACUGCUUGAAAGUGACAGCCCUCUACGUGGUCUGGAUCGAGAUCUUGACGGUGGCCAAUGACAAGUUUUUAAGCGCAGUUUGCAGCCUGAUUGCAGAAGCUUCGGAGUGUGCCAGUGAGGCCUGUGAAUGCCUUGCUGCCAUUGUCAGCAAGAAGAUGCCAGCUAGCAAGAAGGUACAAAUGCUAAGCGAGCUGCAGAUCUUCGCGCGUCUCGAAGCUUGUGUGCAUCGCGAUGGUUCCGACCAUCAGCUCCUCAUCAAGGAGGCGGACAUGACGAACUCUGUUGGAGAGGUGAUCUUGGAAGCCUACGUGGACCUCCGCGUUCAAAACGAUGCCGACGGCGCCAGAUUGGCCCAGGUCGCAUGGGAGUCCACCCGGGCCCUGAUGCCGCUGGUGUUUUGGUUCUUCGCCCACAAGGAGCAUCAAGUAGCCGUCUGCGUCGAGCCUUACUUGACCGAAUUCUUCGUCAAGGUGAAGAGUUUCGUGGCCGACGGUCCGAAGCGUGACAUGGAGAUGGCUCCGUGUCACUCUGUUUCACUGGAGCAGGUCAGGCCCAUCUUGAUGCAGACGCUGCAGCUUAUCAUUCAGAGAACGGCAUAUCCGCCCUGGUUUCAGCACCACGAUCCGAACUUUGAGGAUGAUGAGCAGCACGUGGCCUUCCUCGAGUUUCGCAAGAGCUUGACAAAGAUCUACAAGCGCAUCUUCUUAGUCGAUGAGCCGCUUGGCUUCCAGUUCGUGCAAGCAUCUGUUGCUCAGCUCACACAGACGCUUUCGGGCGUGCAGCCCAUGGAAGUGGACGCAGUCCUCUACCUCUUCAAGGAGGCAGGCGAGACCGUGAAGCAGCUGGAGCAGCAUUUGCAGGCCAAAGGUCCGCUGGCUGGCUGCUUCGUGCAGCUUCUCGAAUGUGAGCCAUUAGUCAACGCUGAUCACUGGGCCGUGCAGCUUGCAAUGAUGGAGGUCUACGUGAAGUAUGGGAAGCUCUUUGCCUUGCACCAGGAGCUGUUCCCAAGGUAUGGGCAGAGGGUGCUGCAAGCUCUGCUAAGUCCCCGAGGCGUACAUUCCAGCAAUCCUCACCUUGCGGCUCGCGCUUGCUUCAUGUUCGGUCGCUUUGUGAAGUUGGUCAAAGUCCAAGCUGCAGCCCUUGUGGCACAGAUCCAUGAAGCUUUGCAGGAUCUCCUCAUUGUACAGUAUGUUCCAUCAGCACUCCUUCCUGUACAGGCGGAAGUGUCGCUGACAAAAAUCGCUGUCAAGGGUGCGCUUAAGGCAGACGAUCAGGCCAACCUCUAUGAGGCGCUGGCAAAUCUCGCAACAGCGAGUAGGCCAGAAGAGCUCCCGGCGAAGCUGGAGAUGCUCCUGAAAGGCCCCGCUCAGAAUCUAUCGGAGAUCAUCUCCGGUGCGGCGUCAUCACGCACUGGCAACGACAUAGCUGGCUGUGCCGGAUGGGCUGGUAGAAGCAUCGAGGCCAUUGCCACCGUUAGCAAGGCUUUCAAUGUUUCGCAUGCUUCCACAGCCCCUGCUUGGGAGCAGGUCUUGAUGAUUGUAGCUCGCAUCCUCGAGAAGUUCGUGAACCACUUGAAUCGUGAGAUUGGGCUUUGGCGAGCCGCGCUCUUCCUCUGUCGGCGGAUGGUGGAAGUGCUGGGUGAUCGUUUCCUGAUCGUCCUGGACACCUUGCUGCCUUUUCUUUACGCUACAAAUGAUCAGACGGACUUGACAGAGCUUACAGUCUUCGCACAUCAUUUGGUGUGCCAGUAUCAGAAGAAGACCCAACCUCACCUGCAGAAGUGGUUGCCGCAGACUUUCCUCCGGCCAUUGGCGGUGUGGCAGCAGCUGCCGGAGCAGUCUGACCAGCUGAAGCGUGAGAAGCUGGAGCUUGGCAAUGCCAUGUUGCUGUUUCUGAAAGAGGCAGCGCAGCGUUGUCCCAGCGCCCUACUGGAGCCCAUGCUUACCAACGCCAGGCACGGCCAGGAAAUGACGGGCUUCCUGUUGGUGGGCCUUCAGGACGCGCGUGAGCUCAAGGCGGUGUUCUACUCUGCAUCGGCUUGGGCAGCUCUGCUCGAUUUGGCUUCGUCUUCUGGGGACGCCUCGGCCAUGGUGAACUUGCCCAUCGCCCAGCUGCUGCAACGCCUGCUCUGGUCCACGGCGCGCAUGGACUAUAACGACAUCCAGUCUCAGAAAGUCCUCGGAGAGGCAUCCUCGAUCCUGCGGUCGGUGAUGAACCCGAGAAACGCAGCACAGGCGCAGCUGCAACAGACCAAGGAUGCCUUCCAGCAAGCAUGGUUGGAGCUCUGCCCGGCCUGCACACAGAGACCAGCCUGCGGCAGCUUGGUGAGGUGUUGUUGCAGGAUGCUCCAGUGA